GCUUAAAGACGCUAGUUCCAAAUAGCUACGCUACAAUCCAUUAAAUGUUCUCUUAAUAAACAUUUUUGGUUGUUUGAUAAGUCACUAAGCCUUAAAUUGUGUAACCUUAACGGUCACUAACAAUGCAAAUCAAUAUUGAACCGGAUGUAUACGAACAAUUUCACAAGCUCAAGCAACUUCAUAAACCGUCUGGUAGCGACAGUGAAUUUCUCUCAUUUAUCAUUGCCCAUGUACAGAAAUGUGGUUACAAAACAGAAAAGUAUGUCGAUAUAAUUCUAAUUCCUUUACUUUGAUAGCUGCAACCAACCUAUGCAAUCCCUUGUAAGCGGUACGCUUCGGUCCUGUCCGGAAUGUAAAUUCUCUGCCGCUACUUCUGACCAGCUAUGGGACCAUUUCGAAACUGUCCAUCCAGAUGAAGGGAGUUUUUCCUGCACGUGUGGAGAUUCUUACAGUCGUUUGCCACUCUUCUUAAGGCACUAUGUAGAUUGUCCAGUUGCUUCCACUGACCUGCAAGACCCGCGUCGACGUGUUCUACCUAGCGUUUUACACUCUAAUUGCGAUAGCACGAAGGCGAAUCAACCUGAAGUUUCUCAUCCUUACCGUCAGCCACCGGUUUCGGCCGUUGCGGGCCCAUCAGGUGACAAGCCAUACGGGUGUCCUAAAUGUUACAAAGGUUUUAAGAGUAAAUCCUUACUUGACCAACACAUGCAUCUUCACUUUCCCCCGCGGUACAAGUGUAGAUGGUGCGGAAAUGUUUACCGCUGGCCACCUGUAUAUUAUCACCAUAAGCAAAGAUGUAAAAAGAGACCACUCAUAAAUUUGAGUGAUAUUAACCAUUCUUCUGAUUACCGCUGUCUCAAUGGCUCCGUUCUGAAAAUGGAAGACUCACAAAUGCAUAUGGAUCAAAUCCCAUCUAGACAGCAAGUAUUCAAUCGGUUUAUGAAUGCACCUGGUGUUUCAUUCACUCAAGAGCUGGCUAACGAAAACAUCAUUCAGAAUGUUCCAGUUAUUGGAGAUGAUGCUGCUAAUUGUUCUCUAACCUGUUUAUGCACAGAAAGCUUUCUGAACGUCCCUUCCUACCUUGAGCAUGCUACUGUGUGUCCGAAAGUGGUUUCAGCAUCAUCUGUAUUCGAAAACAUUGCGAAUAGAGCAUUAUCCACUUCAGCCAACUUGAGUUUCAGAUCUCCGAGACAAAGAAAUCCGAUUUCCAAUUUCCGCGAAUUGCCGCCAGAAUAUCUUUCCCAGCUAAAAGAUGCAUCACUACUACAUCCAAGUCUUGGUAUUUUUUCAUGUAACAUGUGUGGCAAAGAGUUCAAUUCCAAAUUAUCCCUCAAACAACACGUGGACGGUAAGCACCGUGCAGAGGGCAAGUACCUUUGUGCUUCAUGUGGAAAACGGUACCGUUGGGGUGCUUCAUUUUACUACCAUAAGAAAACUUGUACCGGUUCUGUUCCUUCCUGUGUAAUCAAUUCUCAAGCGCCAGAACUUGUAACAACACAUACAUAGUAAACUUCAUCCCCCAAACAAAUACCUCAUUUUCCAAGGAAUUUCUGCUUAUGUAAAUGCUUCACUGCUCAUGAUAGAGUAUUCCUAUUGGUCUCAAUACUGUGGAUUGCAGGUAAUUGUUUCUUUUGUGAACUAUACAGAAGUAUUUGUUUACACUUUUAUACCCACUUAUUCUUUGUAUACUACUGUGAAGUGUGGCAAAUUGAGCCGAUGCACUUGUGUGCAAGGUUCUACGUUGAUUCUAUCCGUCUAUGUGUUUAGACGUAUUUUGAGACCACAUAAUGACUUAAGUAAUGUUUAAAAUUUCUGUUACUAACGGCAGUUACCAAAGUUUAACUUGUAAAUACUUUUCAAGGCAAACUUAUUUAAUUUUCUAUUAAAUGUGUGUAAUCUGAUUUCCCAGUUCACUUACAUGGUGUACUGGUGCAUUUAUCCUUACACUAGUACAUUUUCUCAAUCAUUUUUAUUGUGAUUAAUGUACAUUUGUGUACUAAUGUAUUUCCAAAGUUUUGAGGGUACUUACGUCCCUCUCAGCAUUGUUACUUUUCUUUCCCUGCUUUUUAUUUAUCUAGUCAAAGUUUCAAUACAUUGUGUGACCAG